AUGGCGGACGACGCAGCACCGAAUUUAGGCGCGAGCAUCGGAGACGCAAUCAAGCAACAAUUAAAACAAACAGUAGAAAAUGUCGAUAUUGUCGGCAUCUUGCAGAAAAUUGUCGCCACGUCUCCCGAAGACGAGGAAUCUGAGGAAAUUCGCGAGAAACUCCAAGGAGUUUUAGAAAAAUAUAACGCAAUGUCAGAUGAAGAUAAAGUCAAUUUCGUAUCGCAAAUGAAAGGGUUAUUAUCUAGCAAGGUUGCUAUGAAGUUGGAUCAAACGGAUUUGAAUCUUGACGAGUUGCAGAACGCAAUAGGGGAGGCGGUUAUGUACCAGUUGGCAUUCUUGGCUGCUGGGGCCUUGAUUUUGGUUCUGCUCUUCGUAUUCUUCGGCUACAAACUAUACAAAUCGAUAAAGGAGAAGGAACACAAAAGGGAGGAAAAAAAGAAAGCCAAACAAAUGAAAAAGAAGAAAUGAAUAUAAUCAUAAAGAAAACGAUGGCAACGCCACGGGAUUUAAUAUAUUUUUUCAUAUAUUUUGUUUAAGAGUUUAAUCUAAAGGCUAUUGAAAUUGUCAAUUUUUACGCGCAACGCCGCGUUCAGUGUAUGAAGCUCAAAUUUUGUUCUCUAACUUUCCUGAAUUUCGGUAAAAAGUUAAAAAAAUUUGGCAACAUUGUAUUCAUUACUGAAAAACUUCAAUCCAAUGUCAUGAAAUAAGUUUUUAAAAACUCGAAGUUAACGCUCGUAGAAGCACUGCUCUGCCGUGUCAAACCGAAACGCUGUAAUAAAAAAACAGCAUUUUGAGAAAGAUCCGCGUAAAGGAUUUUUCGGUUUUUUGUACAUUUUUAUGUUAAUAACAUAAAAAGACACAUUUAACUUAUGAAUUUAAGAAAUCUAGCUAGCCAUUACAAUUUUACUUUGAAAAAUAAGCUAUUUUUAUUGAAAAGCAAAUAAAUUUAUUUUACCUUGAUAACAGUCGCAACAUUCUUGUUGUUAUGAAAUUACAAAACACUGUAUUGCCUUGUAGUGUUUUGGUUUGACACGGUAAUGCUGUGGCGCUUCGGCAGCGGCGCGCUUGAUUAAGCUUGUAAUAGAAAGAAUAGUAUAAAGGACCUACCUUUGCGGGAGAUACGGUUGUUGGACAAACAAUAGACAAUUUUUCUGAAUCCAUACACAAAAUGAACUACAUCCGGAUUGCCGUAGAUUGUUUUGAAGAAAUAUGUACAAAAAUGUUUUAAAUGUAUUUUACUUGUACAAAUUUUAACAGGUUUGUUUCUAUUUAUUGCAAAUUUAGCAGAAAGUUGAAAAGUAAGUAAUUUAAAAAUAGAAAAACUUUGCAUCUUAUACAAAUUUGAAGUCGCCUUUUAAUGAAAAUUAUAAAAUGUUGCUAUUAAUUUUGUUAUUAAUUUAAAUACAUAUUCAAUUUAACGAUAAAUAUAUUUAAACCUAAAUCGUGGUGUUGCCAAAUUAGUCUAUUUUAAAGUUUUAUACGUGGACGAUAACAAAGUUAUAUGUAAAUGUCUACCACCAGUGAUCCAUCGGUUGGUACAGUGGGCGCUGGUUCAGGAGAUCCCGGGUUCGUUUUCUGAAAAUUAACCCUAAAUUAUUUCUGGUCAGAGCGUUCUGCGUAGUGCACGGAGUGUAUUCUGUAGCUCUGGUACUCAUUGUACAGGGAAUGUCCCAGUGUGAAACCAGUUAACCGGUCCCCGAGUAUGCUAAUUUCUUGAUACUUGGUUAUAGUAAUUCUAUUGAGACUUCACUGAGACAAUAAUUGCAAUGGAAUGGAAUGGAAUGGCAGUUGAGUUUCAAUAUAAUGUCAUUGGAAUGACACUGACCUCACUAACGGUCGAUGUUGCCUUACUAAAAACCAUGAUGGAAAUUACUAUGCGUAUUUCAAUUUUUAUCUCGUUUAAUAAGCAAUUUUGUCUUCAGAUUAAAACAAAAUCAUUAAAAUUG